AUGCAUACAGGCCAACCUGAAGGGAAAACUGAAACUGAAGCAUCAAGUUCAGCAGUACCUGAAGAAAAAACUGAAAUCACACCAGAGGAAUUAAAGCUUGAAAACUUACAAACAAGUGGGAAAUCUGAUGAUGCACCUGAAGGGAAAACUAAACCUGAAGCAUCAGGUCCAGCAGCACCUAAAAGGAAAACUGAAAUUACUCCAGAGGAAUUAGAGGUAAAAGACUUACAAAUAAGUGGGAAAUCUAAUGAUGCACCUGAACGGAAAGCUGAACUUGAAGCACCAAGUUCAGCUGUAGCUGAAAAGAAAAUUAAUGUCACACCGAAGGAUUUAGAGCUAAUAGAUGAAGCGUUCGCGAGUAUUAGAAAAUUGUUGGAAAAAGAAUACGACGAUGACCUUACAAACGGAAAAAUUGGACCUUAUGAUUAUUACUUAUACAUGGGUGACAACGACAAUGAUUGGGAUUUUAUAAGACCAUACUUAGAGAACCAUAUACAAGACCGUAGCGAAUAUUUUUGCAUAACUUCAGAAUUAUUUCGUGAUCUUUUUAUAAUACAUUGUAAAAAAUCAGGACAGCCCGUUGCAGAAAUUGCUGAACAAAAACAAAUCGCAAUGGUGAAAAAGGUUGGAAAUUUUGCGUUCAAUAGAAAAUUUUUUGAUUACCUCAUUGUUAAAUUAAAACCUACGGAUCGUUCAGACUCAGAUUUCUGAAAAAUUUCAUUCUGAAAAAUUGACUAAUAUGUCUAAUAAUGUUAUAAUUUUUUUUUUUUCAAAUAUCUUAA